GUAGCGUUCUCUUCCCCUCGCCGGUAGCGGUGUUCGAGGAUCCUCCAGUUGCCAGUUUCGGCCUGAUGAUGAUGGAUCAACAAAACGCGGCUGGUGUGUACCUGACGACGAUGGAAGCUGCGGCUCCUACAUCGGGUACCGUGACACAAGAAGCCCUCGCAGCUGCCAAACUGGAGUUGGGGGGCAAUUCCAAUGCGUUAACCUUGAGGCGGCCGUUCGAUCCUGUGGCACACGACCUCGAUGCCAAUUUCAGGCUCACGAGGUUCGCUGAUCUCAAAGGAUGAGGGUGUAAAGUCCCCCAGGAGAUUCUUUUGAAGCUCUUGGAGGGACUUCAGGAUGAUUAUGCCCAGGAUCAAGAACAGGCCCACUUUAUGCAGAUGACUUUCACACGCAUUGGGAUUGGAAUGGACUCUUCUGUGACACCAAUAAGACAUGGAGGCCUCUCCCUUGUCCAGACCACUGAUUUCUUUUAUCCUCUUGUUGAAGACCCCUAUAUGAUGGGUAAGAUUGCAUGUGCAAAUGUGUUGAGUGAUCUUUUUGCCAUGGGAGUCACCGAAUGUGAUAACAUGAUGAUGCUCCUUGGAGUAUCUACCAAGAUGACAGAGAAGGAAAGAGAUGUUGUCAUCCCUCUCAUGAUGAGGGGAUUCAAGGAUUGUGCAAUGGAGGCAGGUACAACAGUGACCGGAGGCCAGACUGUUAUGAACCCUUGGAUCACGAUAGGAGGAGUUGCUACUGCAGUUUGUCAACCUAAUGAAUUCAUUGUGCCAGAUUCAGCCGUGCCAGGUGAUGUGCUAGUGCUGACCAAACCUUUGGGAACACAAGUGGCUGUUAAUGCUCAUCAGUGGUUAGAUCAGCCUGAACGAUGGAACAGAAUCAAACUUGUAGUGUCAGAAGAAGAUGUCAAGAAGGCUUAUAUGAGGGCUAUGGACUCCAUGGCUCGGCUGAAUCGAACAGCGGCAAGAAUGAUGCACAAGUACAAUGCCCAUGGAGCAACAGAUGUCACAGGAUUUGGCCUCUUGGGUCAUGCCAUGAAUUUGGCCAGGAAUCAGAAGCAUGAAGUUUCUUUUGUUAUUCAUAAUCUCCCCAUCAUUGCAAAAAUGGCUUCGGUAGCGAAAGCAUGUGGAAAUAUGUUCCAACUCCUCCAGGGUCUCUCUGCAGAAACAUCAGGUGGGCUGCUUAUCUGUCUUCCAAGAGAGCAAGCAGCUGCCUACUGUAAGGAUAUAGAGAAGCAAGAGGGGUAUCAGGCCUGGAUCAUAGGGAUUGUGGAGAAGGGGAAUCGAACCGCUCGCAUCAUUGAUAAGCCACGUGUCAUUGAAGUCCCUGCAAAGGAGAAAGAUGGGGAACUUUGGUAGACUUUCAUUCUGUCCUGUGUCUUAUUUCCCACCGUCUCUCUUUCGCUUUUCUCUGUAGGCCCAUGCUUACAUUGUUACAAGUCUCAUUUCCUGCUUCUCUUUGUCAAUCAUUCCCAGCCUUUGAAGAAAGUGGAUGAAGGGAACUCCCACAUGACCCAUGGUAGAGGAAAUGCUGUCAGCCAGCAACUUGCCAUGGUGAUCCUCCUCUUGAGUUCUCCUGACUUGCUUUGCUUUUCUUGAUUCAUGCUAUGUUGGAAAGAAUUCCCACACAUUGGUUGAUCAUAGUCUCAAUAAAAAUCUUUUUCCAUCUUGACUGAAAAUGCAGAC